AGGUGUGGUCCUGGUCUGCUUCGAAGGCGACUCUGACGGCUACAUCAACCUGGUGGCGUACCCCCACGUGGACAACAUGGAGGGGAUGACGGGGGAGCACGAGGAGCGGGACCCCCAGGAGAGGGAGCAGCCCAGGCGGAAGCACUCGCGGCGCAGCCUGCAUCGAUCCUCCUCCUCCACAGAGCACAAGGAGGAGCGGGCCGACAGGAGGGAGGCGCACGACGCCGACUCCUCCGACACCGUGUCGGACCUGAAGAGCCCCAGACUGGACCCAAAGGUUCACUCAGACGUUCCGUUCCAGAUGCUGGACUGGAACAGCGGUCUGGCCUCGGAGAAGAUCAGCUACAACCCCUGGAGCCUGGUGUGCCACAAGCAGCAGCUCAGCCGCAUGAGGUCCGAAUCCAAGGACCGCAAACUCUUCAAGUUCCUGCUGCUGGAGAACGUGGUGCACCACUUCUCCUACCCCUGCAUCCUGGACCUGAAGAUGGGCACCCGGCAGCACGGCGACGACGCCUCCGAGGAGAAGGCGGCCAGGCAGAUGAAGAAGUGCGAGCAGAGCACGUCAGCCACCCUGGGAGUCAGAGUGUGUGGCAUGCAGGUUUACCAGCUGAACACCGGCCACUACCUCUGCAGGAACAAGUACUACGGACGCGGCCUGUCCAGCGAAGGCUUCCGCCAGGCCCUCUACCAGUACCUGCACAACGGGCGGGGCCUGAGGCGGGACCUCUUUGAGCCCAUCCUGAAUAAGCUUCGCAGCCUGAAGGUGGUUCUGGAGAGACAGGCGUCGUACCGCUUCUACUCGUCCUCUUUGCUCAUCAUCUACGAGGGGAAGGAACCUGAAGGCCCCUCAGGACCCGGACCGGGCCAGAACGCAGCCCGGCAGCAGAAGACCCCCGCAGAUCCUUCUGGUGUCCCCCCCAACGCCUCCGGUGGAACGGACCCGAUCCAGAACCCCGUCCUGGGGUCUCUGUCCUCUCAGGGACCUGGACAUGCGGCCUCAGACCCCCCCUCUUCUCACCCUCCUACACAAGCUCCGCCCACCAAGUCCGACCGCUGCCCCUUCGCCCCCCCGGAUUGUCCCUCCUCGGCUCCACAGCGGCCCCCCCUGGUGGACGUCCGAAUGAUCGACUUCGCCCACUCCACUUUCAAGGGUUUCCGCGGCGACACGGCCGUGCACGAUGGGCCGGACCGGGGCUACGUGUUCGGACUGGAGAGUCUGAUCCAGAUUCUGGAGAGCCUUCGAGACGAAAACCUGCCCUAGCGCCGGACCCUCAGAGAGCGCGCACAUCCGGGCCCCCGGCCGGGUUCUGGGAGGGUCUGUGGGACCAAACUGGCAUGGUUCUGUUCAACCGCCCGGUCUCCACACACACACACACACACACACACACACACACACACCUGAUACUGUGAUCUGUUCAGGCCCUGCUGCAGCGGCCAUGUUCUCCAGACCCUUCCUCUGUAGCCGUGGAAACGGGUUUUUCUGGACAUCAGUAGGACAGAGGAAGGGGGGCCGGUGGAAAAACACCUCAUGGUGGAUUUCUGCUCUUAUGAGGACCUCUGUGGUUCUAACAUUCCCUACAGGCCCCGCCCACUGGACCAGUGAGCGCCCACGCUCUGUGGCAUCCUAACAGGACGGGUGCUCAGAGCGCCGAUGAAGGGAACCUGGUGUCCGUCCACUAGGGGGAGUCAUUCUCCAGAUUAAAGCUUCUCUUUAACCACAGAAACGUUUUCAGCUUCUGAAGAUCAAACAUCUGUCCUCCUCUGCACAGCGACGCCACAGAACCUCACUUCCUGCAGGCCCGGUCCCCCCCGCUGACCCCACCCAGCAGCCGUCACCUCCUCCUCACUCUCCUCGCUCCCUCAGAAACCGAAGCGGAUGAACGGACCGUCGUCGGCUCGCCUUGUACUCUGAGAAUGUCCGUGGUUCGUAACGUUAGAGGCGUAAACGUCACUUUAAAGAUGUGUCCAGGUGUUAGCUUAGCUGCUGUUAGCGGAUCUCAUGGAAAGAGCUCGGCUCAGGUUUCAGAGGGCGGAUCAGAGCCACUUUUCAUGGGAUUUGUUAAUUGGACUGAUGAAGCAUCAGAGUAAUAUUUUUUGAUAGAUAUUUAAAAAAAACGUGAUAGAAAUCACAAUAAUAGAAAAUGAGACCAAAAAGAUAAUAAGAUUCCUUUUAAAAGGUUUUCUGGUGUUAAUUUCUGAGGCAGUCCUGCCUGAAAAUAUAGAAAAAAGUUUAUAUUUCUAUAGAAAUCUAUGUCAGAGUCCUAACCCAACCCUGGAGCUGGAUUUCGCACCGUUGGCCAAUCAGAUUAGUUCAGCAAAGCUUCCUCUGACUGAGGCUGAGGCUGGCCGCAGGGCGACACCGCCCCCUGCUGGACAGCAACAGGAACUCAGCCCCAGGAGCAGGAAUUGAAUAGAGCAGAAGUUAUAUUUUAUUUUUUGGUUUAUUAAGGUAAUAAUUUAUUUUUUUAUUGCAACCCUUUCCCACAGAUACGGGUAAAUGUUUUAUCUUUAAAAGCCCCCCCCCCCAUAAAAGUGUUUAAAGAAUAAAAGUAAAGCUGUUAUUAGGAGCAGGAUUAGAAGCAGUGUUAGUGGAGCUACUCAGGUCUGGGCUUCCCGCUGCCUCAGUCGGCACGCGGCGGCGUGCAGCGCCCUCCUGCCUGCUUUGGAGCUCCGGUUCUUCUGGGGAAACUGUUCAUCAUGUCUGUGUGCGACCUCGGACCUCGACGGAGAACCCUGCAUGCUCAUCAGACCGUUACUGUCCUCAUGGCUUCAGAGACUGACGGGACAGAUUUUUCUUUUUGUUUCCAUCUGACAUCCUGUUUGUUAGAAACAGUGAAAGUUUGUGAGAUUAAAUCUUUCCAGAAGCUUC